AUGAAUGUCUUGAAACUUCAGAGGAAGUAUCCUCAAUUCCCGCAAGAUCAGAUCUUCGGUCUGACUGACGCCUUCCGUAAACUCGAUGUCGACGACAAGGGCUACAUUGAUGAGGCCACAGCCAUCAAGGCGACGCAAGCCAGUGAGCGUCAGCCGUAUGACGUUGUGCGACAAGCGCUGAAGGAGGUCGAUCUCGACUCCUCACGGCGUGUGGAGCUCGAGGAUUACGUCGGUCUCAUCGCCAAGCUACGUGACUCCUCGCCCGCGCAAAAGCGCAUGUCGACCGGCCCCGCGCCGGGUGCCGCCGCGAGCAUUGUCGCGCAGGCCACCGGCGGAGGUGGACGCGCGCGUGCCGCCUCUAACGCCGGCAAGAUCCACGUCCAGGGUUCCAAUGCCAACGUCACGCACACCAUUAACGAGGAUGAGCGCACCGAGUUCACUCGUCACAUCAAUGCCGUCCUCGCGGGCGACCCUGAUCUCGGCAGCCGACUUCCCUUCCCCACCGACACGUUCGAGAUGUUUGACGACUGCAAGGACGGUCUUGUCCUCGCCAAGCUGAUCAACGACAGCGUGCCGGACACCAUUGAUGAGCGUGUUCUCAACUUGCCGGGAAGGAAGAUCAAGACCCUCAAUGCCUUCCACAAGACCGAGAACAACAACAUCGUCAUUGAAUCUGCCAAGGGUAUCGGCUGUUCCGUCGUCAAUAUUGGCAGUGGUGAUAUCAUUGAGGGCCGCGAACACUUGAUUCUCGGUCUCAUCUGGCAGAUCAUCCGUCGUGGUCUGCUUGGCAAGAUUGAUAUCAAGUUGCACCCCGAGCUUUACCGACUUCUCGAGGAGGACGAAACUCUCGAGCAGUUCCUCAGGCUGCCCCCUGAGCAGAUCCUUCUGCGCUGGGUCAACUACCACCUGAAGGCGGCUAACUGGCCGAGAAGGGUGAACAACUUCUCCAGCGAUAUCAAGGACGGCGAGAACUAUACUGUUCUGCUCGCCCAGAUCGGAUCCGAGUACGGCAACACGCGCGCGCCACUGCAGACCAAUGAUCUCCUGCAGAGGGCCGAGCAGGUUCUCGAGAAUGCUGACAAGAUGGGAUGCCGCAAGUUUUUGACUCCGACGUCGCUCGUGGCCGGCAACCCCAAGCUUAACCUGGCUUUCGUCGCGAACCUUUUCAACAACCACCCUUGCCUCGACCCCAUUACCGAGGAGGAGAAGCUCGAGGUCGAGGAUUUCGAUGCUGAGGGUGAGCGCGAAGCUCGUGUCUUCACCUUGUGGCUCAACAGUCUGGAUGUCCAGCCCGCCGUUCAGUCUUUCUUCGACGACCUGAGGGACGGAACCAUCCUGCUCCAGGCCUACGACAAGGUCAUCAAGGGCUCGGUGAACCAGCGACACGUGAACAAGCGCCCCGCGCACGGCGGCGAGGUGUCGAGGUUCAAGGCUGUGGAGAAUACCAACUAUGCGAUCGAACUUGGCAAGCAAAACGGGUUCUCCCUUGUCGGUAUUCAAGGGGCCGACAUCACCGACGGUCAAAGAACCCUUACCCUCGGCCUCGUUUGGCAGCUGAUGCGCAAGGACAUUACCCUGACCCUGUCUGCGCUUGCGCAGCGCCUAGGGAAGAGGGAAAUUACAGACUCCGAGAUGGUACGCUGGGCCAACGAAAUGUCAAAGAAGGGCGGCAGGAACUCGGCCAUUCGAUCUUUCAAAGACCCAUCGAUCGGCACCGGCAUCUUCCUUCUAGAUGUCCUCAAUGGCAUGAAGAGCAGCUAUGUGGACUACGACCUCGUGACGCCGGGCCACACCGAUGACGAUGCGUACCUCAACGCCAAGCUCAGCAUCAGCAUUGCUCGAAAGAUGGGAGCCACCAUUUGGCUGGUGCCGGAGGACAUUUGCCAGGUCCGCAGCCGACUUGUCACCACCUUUAUCGGCUCUUUGAUGGCAACAUCGGAAAGGAUGUAG